AUAAAGAUAUUAAAAGAUAUAAUAAUAAACUUAUGUAAAAUAUGAUAUUUUCUAGGAAUGGUCCAAACUUAAAAAAUCACACAUGAAAAGAAGUCAUGACUUCUGUUUUAAUAUAUAAGAUAUAUCAAUGCAUAAUAAUAAUUUUAUUUAUAAUUAAAUUAUAUCAUUAUUAAAGUUUUUACAAAGAUUUUAUAUUAUUAGCUUAUUGAAUAUAUGGAACUUAGCAACAUAAUAUCUGGUUUUAUUUCUAAAUUUGAAAUUUUUAUAUGACAGUUAAAUUAAAUUGGACCUACAUAAUAGAGAAGAAAUAUUUUGAGAUACUGAUAAGAACAACAAAAAAAAUCUUAAAAGAGAAACUAUAAUAUAUUGUACUUACAAACUAAUUUUGUAGUAAAUAUUUUUAUUUGAAACGGAAAGGAUAUUUCUUUCUACCAAAAUCCUUUAAAGAUUUUUAUAAAAUAUAUUUUGAAAAUUAAUCAAUCUAAAUGGUUGUUAUCACUAAAAUAUAAUUAAAAUAUCUAUAUGAUUUUAAUUUUCGUUCAUCAAUCAAAAAUAAAUUUAAUUUGAAAUUCUAAUAUUAUUUUAUGAUAAUUAAAAUUUAAGUUAAUUAGUUUUCGAAAAUAAAAUUUAUCAUGAUUCUGAAUAGAUUUUCUUAGAAUUUUCUUGAACAAUAUUUAUUUGUAUUUUAAAUAAAAGAUAAAGAUAUUAAAAGAUAUGAUGAUUAAGUUAUGUAAGAUUUGAUAAACUUUCUAGAGGAUGGUCCAAAUAAAAAAAAAUCACACAUGAACAAUGUCAUGACUUCUGUUUUAAUAUAUAAGAUAUAUAGUGAUAAAUAUGUAUAGUUAUAUUCAUAUUUGUGUAUUUAUAAGCUUUCAACAUCUGUUUCUUCAAGCAGAACGUAUAAAAGUGAUAAUAGUUUUGGGUGAAUCUCCUGUAAUAGAGAAUUUUGAACUAGUUGUUAAUUAAUAUUAUCUUGAUAAGCUGAUUCAAGUGGCUGUGAUCCACAUGAAUCGGCUUUCUCAUUACUUGCUUCUAAGUUCUCCCUUUUAGUUUAUUAAUUUCCUCCUUAGAUCCUGCAACUUUUCUAGGGUUUUGGCCUUCUACCGUCGUCGGAUUUCAUACAAGCUUCACAAGUCUCCAUGUGCAUUUAAAGCUUGUGGUUUAAGUAUGUUGACAUUAUAUAAUCUCCCAAGGAUUAAAUUAAGCUAAUUCCACUAAUCCCUAGGUAAACGUCAAGAUAACAUAAAGAUGAAGUUAAAGUCCAUACCUCUGCAACCAGAUUUGAGUUUAUAAUCUUGUAAUGUUGUUCAAGAACCAGUUUUGGGGUUUGUGUUGAUAUUGUGUGUUGUAUAGAGUUUGAAGGAUGGUGAAGGCGAAUGUAUUAUCGAAAAUUAGAGGUUUCAGUGGCGUCAACAGACCAAUCUAUGUCUUGGCUGGUUUGGCAUUUCUCAUCUCAGUAGCUACUCUGGCUAAGUUCAACUACAUCACACCGCUAAGGUUCUCUGGUCGGUUCUGUAAUAAUCAUGGAAGCUUUGACGGCGAUAACUAUAUCCUCGGAAGCCAAAUGAGAAAGACGAUAGAAUCCGCCAUCUUCAAAAUCCACCAAGAAAUGGAUGAUCUCAAGGCCUUAGAAGCUAAUUCUUCUGCUCCACCAUCUGAUUCAUCAGCUUCAGGAUCCAUGUUUAGGCAUGUAGCUUUCCUUGCUGAUGUUCUUUCACUGAUUCAGUCAGUUCAUAUGGAGUUGCCUUCCUUGGAAGAAGUGGAUCAUCCGUUGAAGCAGAGGAACGGUGACCCCGGCGAGCAUUUCAUGAGGGAAGAGAUCAAGAAAUACAUAAAGAUCAAACCUAACCGGCUUGGAAAGCAGAACUUCAUGGGAGCUAAUGGAACGUUCACUUCGAUAGGGCACGCUUGCUUCGCCAUGAAGAAAGAUCUAGAAGAGUAUAUGGACUAUGACGUGGGGGAGAUCUGCAACGACGACUGGAGACUAGCUCAGAAGCUUAUGGUUCACGGUUGCGAUCCGUUGCCUAGAAGACGGUGUUUCUCCCGUGCACCGCAGCUAUAUUACAAACCGUUUCCGAUCAACGAGUCUUUGUGGAAGCUUCCGGAUAACCGGAACGUCAGAUGGGGACAGUAUAAAUGCAAGAACUUUACUUGUCUUGCAAGCAACACGACAGCAAGAAAAGGGUUCUUCAAAUGCACUGAUUGCUUCAACCUCACGCAUCACGAGUUGCCGAGAUGGGUUAACCGAGGAGAACUCGAUCCAGAGACAAACCAAACUGCUGAUUUCUCGAUACAAGAAGUACUUGAAAUCAAACCGGGAGAGAUUAGGAUCGGUUUGGACUUCAGCGUUGGCACGGGGACUUUCGCAGCGAGGAUGAGAGAAAGUAACGUCACCAUUGUAACAGCAACAAUCAACCUAGGAGCUCCAUUCAACGAGAUGAUCUCUCUGCGUGGUUUAGUCCCAUUGUACUUAACCGUGAACCAACGGUUACCUUUCUUCGACAGCACGCUUGAUAUGAUUCACACGACGAGGUUUCUUGAUGGAUGGAUCGAUCUGAUACUUCUGGACUUCGUGCUGUUUGAUUGGGACAGGGUUUUAAGACCAGGUGGGUUGUUGUGGAUAGAUAGUUUCUUUUGUCUGAAAGAGGAUUUGGGUGAUUACAUGGAGGCGUUUAAAGCUUUGAGGUAUAGGAGACAUAAGUGGGUUGUGGUGCCUAAGAGAGAUAAAGAUGAUAAAGAAGUUUUCUUCUCUGCUGUGUUAGAGAAACCUCCAAGACCCUUUAGAUGAUUCAAUCAUUGCCUAAUGCUGUGUGUUUACUAUUGUCUUUGUAACAGAAAAUGUGAAAAUACGAUAUAGUUUGACUAUAUGUUCCGAUUAUUGUUAUUGUUCUUCUUACAGAUAAAAGGUGUUUUACAUAUCUGACAUUAUAUAUUUGUAAUAAAAAACACUAAAGAGGAUGUUAUUCUUGUUCAUGUAUUUUAAUUGAUUUGUAAACCCACAUGUGAUUUACAAAUCAAAAUAAAAUUUCUUAAAUUAAAAAUCUAACGCAUGGAUUUUAAUUAGUAUUAUUAUUUAUAAAUCCAAAUAUUUUUAGUGGGAUUUCUUUGAGUAACUCGGAUUAAAUAGAUCUAGUAAUAUUGUUCAAAACGAUGUUUAAUACAAGAAGAAAGUAUUCUUGGAACUGCUGUUCUUCCAAAUUGUUUUACAUAUGUUUGGUUUUUCAUUUAGUGUCAAAACGGGUCACCUCGUUGGACUAGUUUAUCCAUCUACAAAUUAACUUCUUGUAAAGCUAUGGAAACGAUAAAGGAGUUGAUGAUGGUCCAAAAACCCAUCAAGUUGAAUGAGGGAAAUUUCGGACAUUGGAAGUAGGGGUGGGCACUUUACCCGAAAUCCGAAGUGGCACCCGAACCCGAUCCGAAAAACCCGAACCGAAAUCCGAACCGAAGUAGCAAAAUAUCCGAACGGGUAUUAAAUUAGGAGAGA